AUGAGCAAUCGGCCGGGCCGUCCCUCUGGGGAUGACCCAAUAGGCGAUUCUUCUCCUUCGGGAGCUUGUGCUGCUGCUCAGCAAAAUCCUUCUUUUUAUACUCCUUCGGGAGUUAACCCUUCGGGAGUUACUGGUGCUGCUGCUCAGCAUGAUCCUUCUUCUUUUGCUUUUUCUGCUUCGGCAGGUCCAAGUGCUGGUUUACAGCAAGAUCCUUCAAUUUCGACUUCUUCAGAUGUCGCACGUGCCGGUUUACGGCAAGAUCCUUCCUCCUCGAUCCCCUUACGAAUCGCUGCCGCCUCUUCUCAAGGUCCAUCUUCGAAGCGAGGUGCUCCCUCAAGUAUCGGGAGCCAAUUGAACAAGCUGGCUAAGAGAUUCGGUCCAAUCAACGUCGAUGGGCUUUCUGUGGCGGCAAUGAGAGCAUCGGUCGAAAAGGAACUGGAGCGGGCCAAGGGUGUAAAGGAUGAAGUCCCUCCCACCAGCAACAAUGGGUCGGAUGGUUCUCAAUCCAAGGACCCAGCAAAGAGAAUAAGUUACCUAGAGGGAUUUGCAAAGAGAAGACAGAAGGAAAUCGAAGAACUGGAGGAAAUUUGCGAGCAGCAACUUUCCGAGCUUAAGGACCAGGAUCAAGAGCUUGAUGAGAAGGACCAAGAGAUUGAAGAGAAGGACGAACAGCUCAAGGAACAGCGUCAACUGAUUGAGCUACUGUAUCGAGAGAUUGUGGAAAAGGACCACAAGAUCAGAGACCUAGAUCUGAGCCUAAACACCAUGGCCACAUUUGUUCCUGAAGAUCGAUUGCCGAAAUGUAAAGCUGCUAUUGCGCAGUUCACAACAGGAGUCAUACUGGAUCGAUUUUCAACAUCCGAAUACCCAGACGACGACAACGACAGCGAAAAUCCUCCCUGGACAAACGACGGUGUCGGCGGUAUCUGUAUUGAGCCUGAGGAGCAGGAACCGCGACUGGACAUAGCUACCCACACUUCUACGGUGCCUGCGCCAGUGAUGGAGACGCAGGGUGGAUUUGUUAUUCACCCGAAAAAGUCGAAGCCUGCUCCAAAGAAAGGAAAGAAAAAGGCAUCUCGAUCGUCUGCCAAGUCCAGACAGCACAGAAGCGAUCACGAAGACCCAGCGACCUUAGAUGCUCCGCCAGCGUCGCUACCAGAACGUGACUAG